AUGGCGCGGUGCGGACGGCAUUCAGGCAGAGGUACGACCGGGAUGAGGUACGACCUGGAUGAGGUACGACCUGGACGAGACUGCGAUGAGACCAUCGGAAAGCUCUUAAACGAGGGCGCGGAGCGGUUCUCCCUGCCAAUCAAACGGCGCCACGUCAGCACGGGGCACGGGCUGCAGGGAUUCGUGCUGUACAGCAGCUACCGGCUGAACAUGUCGUCCUUUGUGGUGCUCGGGCUCUCCCCCAUGGCGCUGCACUCGCUGCCACGUGUCAACUCGUGCAGAUGGGAGCCGACGACUUCAGCAUCCCAUGCUGAUGAGACACGUGGCAGUGAUGAUACACGUGGCACAGCCACGUCAGCACGUGCAGGAUUCUCGCGGCACUUGUUAGAAGUCAAGGGAGAUGGCAAAGAGGGGCCACAGGGAAAAAGGGAUGAGGGAGGUAAAGGGGCGGGGCGAGGCAAAGGGGAUGGGGGGAAUAAAGCAGUGAUACAGGGAAAGGGGGCAGGAAGGGGUAAGGGGGAUGGACGGGGCAACGGGGCAGGGGAUGGGGGAAGGGUAAGGCAGGGGGGGAAGGGCGGGGUAAAGUGGGCGCAUGUGGUUCAAGGGGGGAGGAGUGGGGAUGUGAGGGUGGAGGGCAGAAGAGAGAGUGGGAAGAGGGGCGAGGCAGGGAAGGCGGAAGGGAAGAAUGAGGUGAAAAGGGGUGCAGUGGGGUUGAACGAGCAGCAGCAGUCACUGAGGCAGACAGGCAAAGAGGUAAGGGGGGAAGGUGGACGGAGAAGGGAAGGAGGGAAGGGAGGAGAGAAGGUAGGGGAAAAGGGAGGAGUACAGGGAGGAGGCAAAGGAGGAGCGAAGGAAGGAGAGAAUGAAGGAGGGAAGGGAGGAGAAGUGGGCGGAGAGAAGGGGAAAGAGAAGGGAAGAGACAAAGGAGGAGGUAGGGGAGGAGGGGAGAGGAAGGAGGAGCAAAAGGCAGGUGGUAUUUCUGCCAAGGGCGGUAUGGGUGCAAAGGAAACAGUGGGCACAGGCGGUGGGGGGGCGGUAGCAAAGGAAGUGGAGGAGGAGGAGGAGGAGGAGGAGGAGGAGGAGGAGGAGGAGGAGGAGGAGGAGGAGGAGGAGGAGGAGGAGGAGGAGGAGGAGGAGGAGGAGGAGGAGGGGGAGAAGGAGGAGGAGGGUCAAAGACCAAGCACCCGCCAGGGCGGCCAUGGGGCCGAUGUUGGGGGGGUGGCUGCUAAUGGCGAUGGAUGGGCACGAGGCAGUGGUGGUGGUGGAGGAGCAAGGGCACGAUCUGCCUCACGCUAUGCGCACUCACUCAUGACUUCCCCCUCCCUUCACCAGUCUCGCACACCCUUUCACGCUCUUACGCACUGCUCCUCGCCACUAUACAAGCCGACGCACGCCGGCCGGCUGCGCGAGUGGAUGGAUUUCCACCGCACUGUUCACCGCGUCGACCUCUUCCUGCUGUACGAUGCGGGCGGCAUGGACGGCGCGGUUCGGCACGCACUGCAACCCCUGCUGGCGGGCGGCACAGUGCAGAUCGCGGAUCUCAGAGACGCCGCCCGGUUUGAGAGCUACCACCACGCACAGCUCCUAGCGAUGAACGACUGCAUAUUCCGCACGCGCCACCUCUCCCGCUGGACUCUCUUCCUCGACUUCGAUCACUACAUCACCCUCCCCAACACCCUCAUUGCCAAACGCUACCAACCCCCCACCACCACCACUACCACCUCGGCCACCACUACCACUACCAAUCCUGCCACCACCACUGCCACCGCCGGCGCCACUACCUUUCCCAGAACGCUACUGGCUGACCCGAGUAAGACAAGGGCGCUCUCUCUGCUGGCGUUUCUAGAUGGGAAGGGCCAGACUCGUGAUGCGAGAGCGCAGGGACAGGGGGUGGGGGAGGCCGAGGAGGGGUGGACGUGGGUGAGCUUUGGCUGCUUCGUCUUCUCUGUCGACCGCUGCGCUCCUCUACCUGACAUCAGUGAGGGGGACGAGUGGGCAGUGGAGCGGAUGGUGUAUCGGGACCCGGAGCCCUUCUGCAAGGAGAACAGCAGCUACAGCGACAAGACCGUAUGCCAAAAGGCAGAUGGCCUUCGCCAACUCGCCAUCAACCCGCGCAAAACCCUCGUGGUUCAGAGCAACCGGUGA